AUGACCGCUGCUGUCAUUAGGGGUGUCAAAAUUUUUCAGGAGGUGGGGAUCUCCGCGGGGACCGCUCCGAGUGGGGCUUCGAUGGUGGGGAAUUUUCCUCCUGGGGAUGGGGAUGAGGAGCAAAAUUCCCCCGCGCCUUUUAGGGUUAUUGUUGGUAUUGCAGUUUACUAUCUAUUCAGUUUAUUGUUGUUUAUCGAAGACGAAGACCAUCUGAAGAAAAUCGCCGCCUACAAAGUCGUCGAGUACGUCGAAUCCGGUAUGGUUCUCGGCCUCGGACCCGGCUCCACUGCCAAACACGUCGUCGACCGAAUCGGCGAGCUUCUCCGUCAGGGCAAGCUCAAGGACAUCGACGGAAUCCCCACUUCCAAGAAGACGCACGAGCAAGCCCUCUCUCUCGGGAUCCCCUUGUCAGAUCUGAACUCUCACCCCGUCGUUGAUCUCGCCAUUGACGGCGCCGACGAGGUUGAUCCUUACCUUAACCUCGUCAAGGGCCGCGGUGGCUCCCUCUUGAGGGAGAAGAUGGUUGAAGGUGCUUGCAAGAAGUUCGUUGUAAUCGUCGAUGAGUCCAAGCUCGUUAACUAUACUGGUGGUAGCGGUUUGGCUAUGCCCGUCAAAGUUAUUCAAUUUUGUUGGAAGUUCACUGCUUCUAGGCUUCAGAAUCUCUUUCAGGAAUCUGGUUGCGUUGCAAAGCUCAGAACUUUGGGCGAAAAGGCUGAGCCUUAUGUCACUGAUAAUGGCAACUAUAUCAUUGAUUUGUAUUUCAAGCAGAGUAUUGGGGAUUUGAAGGCUGCCAGCGAUUCCAUUUUGCAAAUCGCCGGUGUUGUAGAGCAUGGAAUGUUCAUUGAUAUGGCUACCACUGUUAUUGUUGCAGGUGAACUUGGCCUAAAUGUCAAGAAUAAGUAUUAG